AAUGACAGUAUGAUGUGAGCUCCAUUGGUCAUGUUCACUGGUCCAAGUCCAACUGCGAAUAAAGCAAACAAGUAAAUAAAAAGUUCUCUCUCUCUCUCUCUCUCUCUCUCUCUCUCUCUACAUUUGAAGCACCAAAGUAACAGCCACCAGAAGAAAAACAAAGAAGCUCUCUUUCACCAUCACCACCCACCCUUUCCCUUUCCAUUCCCAUUAACUUUCUGGAAAUAGAAACAAGAGAAGAUCUGACCCAAUUCAUAUUAACAAUUCACAGUAAAAGAGAGAAAAACAGUGUGCGUGUGUGUGUGUGAUGGGAGGGGUAACUUCAUCCAUGGCUGCGAAGUUCGCGUUCUUCCCACCAAACCCACCGUCGUACAAGCUGGUUACGGACGAGUUAACGGGGCUUUUGCUGCUAACGCCGUUUCCUCACCGCGAGAACGUGGAAAUUCUGAAGCUUCCGACUCGGCGUGGAACGGAGAUAGUGGCAGUGUACAUUCGGCAUCCUAUGGCCACUUCCACUUUGCUCUAUUCUCAUGGAAACGCAGCUGAUCUGGGUCAGAUGUAUGAGCUCUUCAUCCAGCUCAGCAUCCACUUGCGCGUUAACCUCAUGGGGUAUGACUAUUCUGGGUACGGGCAUUCAUCGGGGAAGCCAAGUGAGCAGAACACAUAUUCAGAUAUUGAGGCUGUGUACAAGUGUCUAGAAGAAAGCUACGGUGUUAAGCAGGAAGAUAUAAUCCUUUAUGGACAAUCUGUUGGCAGUGGCCCAACAUUGGAUCUUGCAGCUAGGUUGCCUCAAUUAAGAGCUGUUGUUCUGCACAGUCCCAUACUUUCCGGCUUAAGGGUCAUGUAUCCAGUAAAGCGUACAUACUGGUUUGACAUAUAUAAGGGAACUUCAGAUGAAGUUGUAGAUUGCUCCCAUGGCAAGCAACUCUGGGAACUCUGUAAAGAAAAGUAUGAACCACUGUGGCUCAAAGGAGGUAACCACUGUGAUUUGGAGCUCUUUCCUGAGUAUAUCAGGCAUCUGAAGAAGUUCAUAACAACAGUUGAGAAGUCUCCAUCCCAACGAUACAGUUUCCGACGGAGCACAGACCAGUUUGAGCUGCCUAGAAAGAGUACAGAUAUAUUUGAAGUAAGUAGAAAGAGCACUGAUCGUAGAGAAAAGCCAAGGAAGAGCACAGACAGGCCAGAAAAGCUGAAAAAUUUGUCUAGUAAUGCUGAUAUGUUAGAGAAAUUGAGAAUGACUUUUGAUCAUAAGGAACGGUCUCGGAGGAGUGUGGAUUGCCAUGAGAAAUCUCGAAAAAGCAUUGACCAUCAACUAGAAAAAGGAAGGAAGAGUGUUGACCGGCUGGACAGAAUAAGGACUGGAUAAUUCUUGCUAUUAUGAAAUUAUAUUCAUGCAUGAGUUGGUUUUAUGGGGUUCUUUUCUUUUUUUAUAUUGGUCAUCUGGUUGUGUAGCAUGGCUUAUGUCAGAUAUGAUAACUAUUAGCAU